UAAAUGGAAAACAUUGAAAAUAAAUUAACAGAAUAUCGUUUAAGAAGAAGACGUGAAGAAAAAUUGCAAAAUUUUAAAGAAGGUUGUAGGCGUUUAUUACUUAUGAUUGGGGCAAAAGAUAGAACUGGCCAAGCAGUUGUAACAAUUCAACAGGAUCAGUUGGAUAAAGAAAUUGAAUCCGCAACAUAUGAUGAAACUGAUGCUGUUGAAUGCUUAAAAGGCUUAAAAGACUGCGAUAACGAUUCUUUAAGUUUUGCAGGGUCAGAAGACGACUUGGGUAACUUGCAUUUGUACGAGUACAAUAAUGAGAAUCGUUUCCUAAAAUACACUCUAUGGUCGCUGUACCUUCUAUUCUGGAUUACUUUAUAUUUUAUCGCCAUUGAAUUACAAUUUGGUACAGUGUAUCUGAUGUUAUCGAUUUUAGUAGGUAUAUAUUGCAACACACGUACGGGUCCGAAGAAACCGGAUGAAAUAAGUGCUUACAGUGUAUUUAAUAAGAAUUGCGAAAGUAUUGAUGGCACACUAAAGGCUGAACAAUUUGAGCGUGAAAUGGGUAUUAGAUAAUAUCAAAUUUCCUUUCUGUUUUUAUUAUUGUUCUUAUUUUAAGUUUUUAUUUGUGCUUUGCAAGAA